AUGAGCAAGACCGCCCCCGAUACGUCAGACCUUCUUGUGACCGCAAAACCGGACCUCAAUCACCGGGUCGGACUUUGGCUCGAUCACCUGUCCGACGAGCGACGGCUGUCGGACCAGACGCUGGUUGCCUAUGAACGGGAUCUGCGGCAGUUCCUUCGCUUUUUGACCGGGCAUCUCGGCGGGGCACCGUCGCUGAAGGAUCUUGCCGAGCUGCGCCCAUCGGAUUUUCGCGGCUUUCUGGCUUCCCGUCGCAGGACCGGGGCCCAGAGCCGGUCGCUUGCACGCGGGCUUGCCGGAAUUCGUUCCUUCCUGAUAUUCCUGGAACGGCGCGGAGAAGUGAAUGCUGCGGCGUCCGCCGCUGUCCGGCCGCCACGCCAGGCGAAAUCGUUGCCCAAACCCGUGUCCUCGCGCGACGCGAUCGAUGUGACAAGCGGUGAUUUCGCGCUGGAAAGUGCCCCCUGGAUCGAAGCACGCAACGCGGCGGUCCUGACCCUUCUUUACGGCUGCGGCCUUCGAAUUUCCGAAGCCCUGUCGCUGACCGGUGGUAUGGCACCGGGACCAGGCACGAAGACCCUGCGCAUCGUCGGCAAGGGCCGCAAGGAGCGCAUCGUUCCGAUCCUGCCGGCGGUCUGCGAGGCCAUCGCCCAAUAUCAAAAGCUCUGCCCCUACGCCAUCAGUCCGGAAGGUCCAUUGUUCCUGGGUGCACGCGGAGGAGCCCUCAAUCCGCGCAUGAUCCAGCUCGCCAUGGAAAAACUGCGUGGUGCGCUCGGUCUGCCGGACAGCGCGACGCCUCAUGCCCUGCGUCAUUCCUUUGCCACGCAUCUCCUGGCAGGCGGCGGCGACCUCAGGACGAUCCAGGAAUUGCUCGGCCACGCGAGCCUGUCCUCGACGCAGAUCUAUACCGAGGUCGACAGCACACAUCUGCUGGCCGCCUAUGACAAGGCCCAUCCGAGGCGAUGA